UUUCCUCUCUUCUUUAUGGCUCUCUGUGUCUUGCUCUCUUUAUUCUUCUCCAUCUUUCCUCCUCAUUGCACUUUCUACCUCUGCAUUCCCUGUCCAGACGGCAAGCUGUACUCAGCCACCGUAACAGACUUCCUAGCGAUCGAUGCGGUCAUCUAUCGUAGUCUUGGCGACAGCCCGACUCUUCGCACUGUCAAACACGACUCCAAGUGGCUGAAAGAACCGUACUUUGUCCAGGCAGUCAAUUACGGAGACUUCAUCUAUUUCUUCUUUCGGGAAAUUGCAAUGGAGUACAACACAAUGGGAAAGGUGGUGUUUCCCCGGGUGGCGAGGGUUUGCAAGAAUGACCGCGGAGGUUCUCCUCGCGUCCUGGAGAAGCAGUGGACGUCGUUCCUAAAGUCCCGCCUGAACUGCUCCAUCCCUGGGGAUUCCCACUUCUACUUCAACAUCCUGCAGGCCGUCACGGACGUCAUCCACAUCAACGGGCGGGAUGUGGUGAUGGCCACUUUCUCCACGCCUUACAACAGCAUUCCAGGUUCAGCAGUGUGUGCCUACGACAUGGCGGAGGUGGCCCGCGCCUUCACUGGGCGAUUCAAAGAGCAGAAAUCCCCAGACUCCACCUGGACGCCUUUUCCUGAAGAGAGGGUUCCCAAGCCAAGACCUGGCAGCUGUGCCGGCACUCCAUCCAUGGAGAGGUACAAGGUAUCCAAUGAGUUCCCUGACGACACUCUGAACUUCAUCAAGAUGCAUCCCCUGAUGGACGAGGCUGUGCCCUCUAUCGCCCACAGGCCCUGGUUUCUCAAGACCAUGGUGCGGUAUCGCCUGACGCGGAUCGUGGUGGACAACGAGGCGGGCCCCCACAGGAACCACACGGUCGUGUUCCUGGGAUCCGAGAAGGGCAUCAUCCUGAAAUUUCUGGCCAAAAUGAACAAAGGCUUCCUGAACGACAGCCUGUUCCUCGAGGAGCUCAACGUCUACAAUCCGGACAAGUGCAGUAUAGAUGGCGUGGAAGACAAGCGCAUCAUCGGGAUGCAGAUAGACAGCAAGAGUAACGCUCUGUGGGUGGCUUUCACCUCCUGUGUGGUCAAAGUGCCGCUGUCUCGCUGUGAAAGGCAUGGAAGAUGCAAGAAAUCCUGCAUAGCCUCCAGGGACCCAUACUGUGGUUGGGUGUCAGAAGGUGCCUGUCGACAGGUGACUACCAACACCAAAUCAGCCUUCGAGCAGGACGUGGAGCAUGGUAACACAGAUGGCCUGGGAGACUGCCAAAAUACAUUUGUGGCACUGAAUGACAUCCCUUCCGGUUAUGAAGGCCACCACCACCAUCACCACACCCUUUCACUUCCCACCUCGGCCCUCCCCGAGGCAGCCGAGGGGCCCCUGGGGCGGAAGGACCCCCCUAUGAGUUCAGACAAAGGGGAGGACCCUUAUGUGGCAGUGCCCUCUCAGACUCAACCUGAAGCCACUGGUGUGAUCCGUGAGAGCUACCAGAAGGGUCGUGACCAGCUGGUUCCCGUGACCCUGUUGGCCAUAGCCGUCAUCUUGGCUUUUGCGAUGGGCGCCAUCUUCUCAGGUCUUAUCGUCUACUGCGUCUGUGACCACCGGCGGCGAGAUCUGGAUCUGACAGGUCGCAAGGAGAAGGACAGCCUGCAUCUCCACUCCCGCCGCGGGUCGAUGAACAGCGUGACCAAGCUGACCGGUCUGUUUGAGACGCAGGCCAAAGAUGGCCGCCCGGAGGCAAUUCUCACCCCUUUGAUGCACAAUGGGCGACUGACGCCAAAUGCCAAGAUGCUGAUAAAAGCCGACCAGCACCACCUGGACCUCGCUGCUCUGCCAACGCCUGAAUCCACGCCGAUGCAGCCGCGUCGCAAGCCCAGCCGUGGAAGCCGUGAGUGGGAAAGAAAUCAGAACCUCAUCAACGCUUGUACCAAGGACAUGCCGCCUAUCGGGUCUCCUGUCAUCUCCACAGACUUGCCCCUGAGGGCUUCACCUGGUCACAUCCCCAGCGUUGUCGUUUUGCCUUUGCCGCAGCAUCAGCAUCAGCUUCCGCCUCACCUGCAGCAGUCCUACCAGCACGAGUAUGUGGAGCAGCCCCAUCACAGCGACCUGGGCAUGGCCCACGGCGUCAUGGAAGACCAAGGGGCCACCUUGGAGUACAAGCCAGGAAAGAGCCACAUGAUGGAUGCAGACGGGAUGCUUCCACCUCGCGUUCCCCAGCGAGAGGCAUCCCUCACCGUCCCUCCUGCCGUCCCACAGAUGGGCAAACGUCUGGAGGUCCACUCGUCAGUGUACGGCCUCCGGAAAGGAUCAGCAUCUUCUGCUUCUGGAUCCUCAGCACUGAAGAAGCACAACACCAACUCAUCCAACUCCUCCCAUUUGUCGAGACAUCACAGCUUCCGUGUGGAGACCCCGCCGCCCGCCCCCCAGAGGGUGGACUCCAUACAAAUGACAACGCAGGGCAUAUCGCUCUCUCGGCAGCCUGGGAUGAUCACUUACGGCUCGCUGCCUCGAACGGGCAGCAAACACCUCAAACCCGACGUUCCCCCGAAACCCUCCGUAGUCUCUCUCUCAACAAAAGCAAAGUCCAGUGACUCCGGCACAUAGUCAGCUCAUAACCCAUUUAAGCCAGACUGAACAGACAGAAGCUAAAGGUGUUUUCAGACAGAAGAAACAGGGACUACUGUACAACUUGCAUCUCCUUUUAGUGCAUUUGUUUGUUUUUGGUGGAAAUUCACAGAUUUUGUUUUUAAAUAAUUUGUUUUGAUAUAAAUAUGUAAAUAUCCAAUGGAUGUUGUCUGUUGUUGAGCUCAGAUCAGCUCCCAGUUUGUCUGUAAACACAAAGAGGAAGAUGUACUCCUGAGAGAGGAAGUGAAGCCUGUCCUGGUAUUUCACAUAUCGGCACCCUGUAGCAUUCAAGAUGGUGGCUCCCCUGUUUGUAGAGUCUUCAGCCACCCGGACUUGACUUAUCAUACGUUAUCGUGCCGAUGGACGGUGAGCGUACAGGGGUCAGGGGACGGAGAAUAAUCAAUGUACAGAAGCACUCAGAGAGACUGGAUUCAGACUGAGUCCUGUUGGAAACUGUGAAGAGAGUCUCAGUGUUACAGCAAUCAAGACCUGGGUGGGUUCUGCUGAGGCCCGGCCAGAAGAAUCUCCUACUGUACUGAACAAUACGUGACUGUUAAUACUAAUAGCCUGUUGUAUUUAUUUUUAUUAAGUGCUUUAAAAGAACAAACUGACUUUCUAGGCUUGGACAGAGAGAGGAGACAACGAAGAGGUCUUUUAAUAAUAAUUAAUCAAGUGAGGAAAAAAAAAAUAUUUAAA